CCUCACAGACCUGUAGGAGCUGGAGUGGCAGCCCCAGAGCACGAUUCUUCCGAGUCCCUGGUUCUAGGUAAGGAAGGAGUUCUGGAUUCACCACCACCACCCCCAUCUGCACCGUGGCCCCUUCUCUCCACGUAACUUUGACGCACACGCGUUAACCCUGAGGCUCCCGGAGGUGGCUGCCAGGGCUCACGCUGGUCUGGCUGCAGUGCUCAGCUGGUCAGCCUCUCGCUCUGGAGCCAGGUGAAUUGAUCAUGAGGAAAAUCUCUGAGAAGGGUCAAGAGAGUCAAGCAGGUUCCGUCUUAGACUUCUAAGCAGCGGUGUGUCUAAACAGCAAGAAGCAAUUUGAUGCCUCUGAAGAUGGGGUCAACCCAAUUAAACUCUUUAACCUGAAGAAACUGCUUCCCCAGAAGCUUCAACUCUGGAGGAGAUGGGUCGAAAGGAAGAAGAUGACUGCAGUUCCUGGAAGAAACAGACCACCAACAUCCGGAAAACCUUCAUCUUCAUGGAAGUGCUGGGAUCAGGAGCUUUUUCAGAAGUUUUCCUGGUGAAGCAAAGGAUGACUGGGAAGCUCUUUGCCCUGAAGUGCAUCAAGAAGUCACCUGCCUUCCGAGACAGCAGCCUAGAGAAUGAGAUUGCUGUGUUGAAAAAGAUCAAGCAUGAAAAUAUUGUGACCCUGGAGGACAUCUAUGAGAGCACUACUCACUACUACCUGGUCAUGCAGCUUGUUUCUGGUGGGGAGCUCUUCGAUCGGAUCCUGGAACGGGGUGUCUACACAGAGAAGGAUGCCAGUCUGGUCAUCCAGCAGGUCUUAUCAGCAGUGAAAUAUCUCCAUGAGAAUGGCAUUGUCCACAGAGACUUAAAGCCUGAAAACCUGUUAUACCUUACUCCUGAAGAGAAUUCUAAAAUCAUGAUCACAGACUUUGGUCUUUCCAAAAUGGAACAGAGUGGUGUCAUGUCCACUGCCUGUGGGACCCCAGGCUAUGUGGCUCCGGAAGUGCUAGCCCAGAAACCCUACAGCAAGGCUGUGGAUUGCUGGUCCAUCGGUGUCAUCACCUACAUAUUGCUGUGUGGUUAUCCCCCUUUCUAUGAAGAAACUGAGUCUAAGCUUUUUGAGAAGAUCAAGGAAGGUUACUACGAGUUCGAGUCUCCAUUCUGGGAUGACAUUUCUGAGUCAGCCAAGGAUUUUAUUUGCCACUUGCUGGAGAAGGACCCAAAUGAGCGGUACACCUGUGAGAAGGCCUUGAGUCACCCCUGGAUUGAUGGAAACACAGCCCUCCACCGGGACAUCUACCCAUCAGUCAGUCUCCAGAUCCAGAAGAACUUUGCUAAGAGCAAGUGGCGGCAAGCCUUCAAUGCAGCAGCUGUGGUGCACCACAUGAGGAAGCUACAUAUGAACCUGCACAGCCCGGGUGUCCGCCCAGAGGUGGAGAACAGGCCACCCAUCACUCAAGCCUCCGAAGCCUCUAGACCCAGCUCCCCUGAGAUCACCAUCACCGAAGCACCAGUCCUAAGCCACAGCAAGGCGCUCCCUGCACUGACCCGGCUGCCCUGCCAGCACGGUCGCCGGCCCGCUGCCCCUGGAGGCAGGUCCCUCAACUGCCUGGUCAAUGGCUCCCUCCGUAUCAGCAGCAGCCUGGUGCCCAUGCAUCAGGGGCCCCUGGCCACUGGGCCCUGUGGCUGCUGCUCCAGCUGCCUGAACAUUGGGAGCAAAGAGAAGUCCUCCUACUGCUCUGAGCCCACACUCCUCAAAAAAGCCAACAAAAAACAAAACUUCAAAUCAGAGGUCAUGGUACCAGUUAAAGCCAGUGGCAGCUCCCACUGCCGUGCAGGGCAGACUGGAGUCUGCCUCAUUAUGUGAUCCCUGGAGCCUGUGCCUGUGUGACUGCAAUUUUCAGGAGAGAUGUUCAACUCUCCUCUGCCCUUCCAAACCUGACAUCUACCGGCAGAGGGAGGACGAUGGAGCAAGCAGAGCAGCGCCUGGCAGGAGUGGUUUCUGGUCAGAAGCACCAGGCUGCUGCCACCUGGGGCAGCCCCUCACAGGAGGCCCAGGAGGGAGCCCCAAGGUGUGGAGGCCUCCUUAAAGCUAUGGGCAAGAGGAGUGGCACCUGCCGGCUUCCAGGUCUCCCUGGCCUGCCUGCUGUAUGCCCCACACCCUACGUGCCGUGGCUCUGUGCAGUGUGCCUAGAUAGCUCUCACCUGGGUCUGUGCUGUUUGUCGUGAAAAGCUUCAUGGGCUGGCCAGGCUGUGUCACCUUCUCUAAGCAAAGCCAUACGGAGCAUCUACCCAGACCCCUGCUCUGCACACAUUCACUCCUGCCUCUCAGGCCUCUGUCCUUACGGCCAGGAUGGGCUCCUUGCUGUAGUUGCCUGCCCAUCUGCAUGAAUGACGGGCAGCUCCCAUGGUCUGUCUGUGAGCUCUCAAAGUGCUGACCCUUAACUCCAAGGUUAGCUCCCAACCUUGCUGAGACCCAGCCAGUCAACUCCUCGGCAUACUCUGACCCCCUCCCUGCUUCAAUCUAAAAGCAGUACCACACCCUCCAAGGUGGAAUAGAAAGAAGUCAAUGGUUAGGGACUGUGAAAAUACUUACUCUGGCCACAUUCCCUCCAUGCACACAUCCUAUUAAAUUAACAUGGAAGUUGACUAUUUUAAUGUCAGCCAGUUCUAAUCCUGCCUCUGUUUCUCCUUCCUCUCCUUGAAAGUCAGAUGCAUCGUUUUGUCCUCCCCCAGUUUUCUCACCCUCAUCCCCUCUAGCUUCAUGCUCAGUGUUGUGCUCAAUAAAAUUGACAUAUUUUUCUCUA